CAUCAUUGAGUGCUUGGUUGAUUGAAAUUUUUUUUUUUUAUAACCAUUUUUGACAAUAGCUUUUUUAAUUUAAAAUUUUUUCGUUGAUAAUAAUAAUUAGGUGAAUUAUUUGUUGUAUUAUAAAUAAGUGACGAGUUUAUGAUUUUAUUGGGGAUGGUGAUUUUUUGAGGGUGAGUUUAGAAUGUCGGGGAGCAGUGAUUCUGAAGAAUUUUUUGAUGCUGAAGAUGACAGUUUUAAUCGUAGCUCAAGAAAAAGCAAUGGCCGUGACUCACUACCAGCUAGUAAUCUCGAAAAACCUUCGACCGCCUUGAUGUCCGAUGAUAAUAUUUUCGUAAAACCACUGGACCCAAAACCUAUAAUACAACUAACUCAACCUCAACCAUCAUCUUUACCACCAAAUUCUAGUGACGAAUCAAAAUCUACAAAUAGCAAAACAGAUGACGAUGAAAAAACAUCUGAUAAAUUAACGGGACGAAGACGUUUUCGUGAACUACGUCAACGUAUGCAAACAGAAGAUGAUGACAUACCGAUAAAUAAUUCACCUCCCGAUAGUCAGACAUCAUCAAUAGAAGGUGUCUAUCCAGCACCAGCAAAAACUACUCAUCCAUUUCGUAUUAUCGAACAUGAUACCGUGAGUCUUCAAAGCAUGACAUCACUUGGUAGAGUCGGUAGAAUAUUAGCCGGAGGUCCUGAUUCUGUUUCUGGUGUUCUUCAUCAUGGUGUUUCCUGUCCAAUUCCACUAACACGUGAUAUCCCGAUGUCAUCAAUUCCCAGUAAAGAUGAAGAUACUGGUUCUGAAAAAGUAUCACAGUCAUCAAGUGUACUGACGCUAUCGGGUGACAUUGUCCAAGACUGCGCAUCGACUGUCAAUGGACGAAAAGAAUUUAUUAAUACUCAUUGCGAAGCUAAUGUCAGAUUACAAGAACCAGAUGUCAUUGCUAGCACUAAAUCUAGUGGCAAAUCGAUUGAUCAUCCAGAUACGCAAGGACCCGCAGUUGCUCCAGUCGCACCACCGAGACGAAAGAAAAAAUCUAAACCACAAACACCAACCGAUCUUGCUCCUUCUACAGCAGAGGGAUCGGUACCUGCAUCAUCACUGCCAAGUCCAGCUAGUACAAUUGAAUCAAUAACUCGUGAAUUUGAACACUCAUUGGACAUAAGAUCUGCUACAAAAGGACAAUACGUCGUAAAGCCACAGGACGAGGAUAAAUCAAAAGCUGAAGGACCUUCGGCAGAAGAAAUAGAGCGUUUGGAAAAAAUGAAAGCUGAGUUGAUAAGCUUACAAUCUAGUGACAAAUCUAGUAGCCCGAUGGGUUCUUUAUCGAGCAAUAGCGUUGGUCGAUACUCACUUGGCCAGCACCGAUUGCCAGGUAGUCUUCAAGGUACACGGGAACGACGUAAAUCAGCUGGUGACCAGGAUAUGGUCAAACAACUUAAUAUGUUCGUAAGAACGAGAACUGAUUCUGGCAAACGUCUUACAGAUAUGGAGAUCUUAGAACAAGUAACAGUAUUGAACUUGGAUACAGGAGAACGCGUGCCUUUAAGUAUAGCUGAAGAUAAAUUACCUCAAUGUAUGAAUCCCUUGUCAUUGCACAUCAUGCGUUUGACUUCUGAGUAUGUUAGCAAUUCAAGCCUUGACAAAGAAAAAGAAAGCGAUGAAGAAAGUGUCGAUUCAAAGAUGUCAUCGAUACCGCCAGACGAAGACGUGUCAGUCGGACGGGUCCGUAAAAAAACCCAAAAGAUUAAACGCUUUUUGGGAUCUACUGUAAGAAAGACUAUGGACAAAGCUAAAUCUAUAGCACAAGAAGUGUCUCAUGCCCGUCACAAAGAAGACGUUAUGGAUAUUGUUGAUGAUGUCUAUCCUGGCGAGCCACAGUGUAUCAAACUCAAAGCAUCUAAUAGUCACAAAGGACCGUAUGAAUUUUCGAAUCUUCAGCAUGUCCAGGACUUGAGCGGAGAACAUGUAGGUCCUGUUUGGUGCAUGAAAUUCUCAGCUUGCGGGCGAUUACUUGCUACUGCUGGCCAAGAUCGUGUUCUUAGGAUAUGGGUACUCAGAGACGCUUUUAGAUAUUUUCAAGAUAUGCGCACUAAAUACAAUGCAGAGAAGGUAAGUCCAACACCGUCCCAAGAGUCAUUGGUCUCUCAACAGUCUAUGGAAGAUCCAAAUAUAAUAGCCAGUGCACUAAGUGAAGUAGAAGGCACAAAAAGUCCAUUUAUGCCGAAACCCUUCUGCACAUACACUGGACAUACAUCCGAUCUGUUGGAUGUAUCAUGGUCAAAAAAUUAUUUUGUUUUAUCAUCCUCAAUGGAUAAAACAGUUCGUCUAUGGCACAUAUCUCGCAAAGAAUGUCUAUGCUGUUUUCAACACAUUGAUUUCGUAACUGCAAUAGUGUUCCAUCCUCGUGAUGAUCGUUACUUCUUAUCUGGCUCGUUAGACGGUAAAUUACGACUAUGGAAUAUUCCGGAUAAAAAAGUCGCCGUGUGGAAUGAAGUUAACGGUAACACAAAAUUAAUAACAGCUGCUAAUUUUUGUCAAAAUGGCAAAUUUGCUGUUGUCGGAUCUUAUGAUGGCCGUUGUAUAUUUUAUAAUACUGAUCAGUUAAAAUAUCAUACACAAAUAGAUGUGCGGUCUACACGUGGUAAAAAUGCACGUGGUCGUAAAAUAAGCGGAAUUGAGCCAAUGCCCGGGGAAGAUAAAAUUCUAGUUACGUCAAAUGAUAGUCGUAUUCGUCUUUAUGAUUUACGUGAUCUCAAUUUAUCGUGUAAAUACAAGGGUUAUGUUAAUGUAAGUAGUCAAAUAAAAGCUAGUUUUAGUCCAGAUGGGCAGUAUAUUGUCGCAGGUUCGGAAAAUCAGUGUAUUUAUAUAUGGAAAACCCACCACGAUUAUUCGAAAUUUUCAAGUGUUAGACGUGAUCGCAAUGAUUUUUGGGAAGGUAUAAAAGCGCAUAAUGCUGUUGUCACGUGUGCUGUAUUUGCACCUAACCCGGAUAGUAUAAUAAGACAGAUUGAAGCCAGAGAAAAGUGCGAUAGUCAUGAUAGUAAUAAUGAUAACAAUAACGCUGGGUCAAAUAAUAAAAAACCGGUUGUUGAUCCAGUUGUUGAACAAAGGACCAAAGGCUGUGGUGGACAUGUACUUGUUAGUGCGGAUUUUAAUGGAUGUAUUAAAGUUUUUUUGAAUAAAACUAAACCAAAGCAUAGUUCACUUCCUGCUUCUGCGCUUGCAUAAAUUAUAGAUACUCUUUUUUUUUUUAAGUGAGUUCAUAUAUUUGUAAUGGAUUAAAAUAUUUUUUUUUGUAGCAAACGAUUAUUUUUCUACUUUACCCGCAGAACAGAAUUUCGCGGUCGGUAAAAACUCGGUCGGUAACUUUUUUGAGUUGCAAUAUUUAUAUAGGUUAUAUAUUUUUGAUUAAUAAAUAUUUUUUAUUUAAUCAAUAACACAGAAUUUUGUUAUUUAUGUCAGUAAUUAUAAAACUGCAUUGAAUCAUGUUGAAAAUUUACUAGACAAAAGAAUCUAAUAUUAAAAAUUGUGAAUAUUUUUAAAUAUUGAAAAAAAUUUAAUGUGAAAAAAAUAAAAAGCACUUUAUUAGAUAAUAAAUAGAUGCAUUAAAAAUUGUAAAAAUGAUUAGAUAAUUAAAAAGUGGAAACACCAUAUUACAAAAAAAAAUUAAUGUGAAUCAAUUCAAUUGACAAUAAGGAUGUUUAAUAAAUUGAACAAUAAAUUAUAUAUUUUAUUUUUUUGAUGAUAGUAUUUUUUUGGAUUUAAUUAUAUUAAUCGUUUUACUAUAUAAAUUUUUUUAAUUUUUUUUUUUUUGAAAAGUUUUGAAAUUUUUAAAAUAACAAUCAAUGAUGAAAGUAUGAUGAUUAAAUCAAAAAUAGACGUUACCGUUAGUCGGGAAUUAAAUAUGCAUUUUUUGAACCCUUGAUUCUUUAGAGAAAAUCUGUAAAAAAAUUAGUGAUUUAUUUAGACAGUGAAUAAACAGAUAAUUCGUAUCGAUAAAUAAUUAUUUAAUAUCUUUUCACGCAACCGAUAAAAUAAAUUUUAAAUUUGCACUUAAAAUAAUUUGUAAACUCUUCUAAAAUAUUCCACAUAAGAAAUUUAAUGAAAAGUUGCUAGUGAAGACACUAAUCAGUAAAAUCUUUUAAUAGAUACUUCAUAGACAUGCAGAAGAUGGCAUACAAAAGACAAUCUUGUAGCAGUCUUGUAUUAAUUUUACUUAAGAAUCUUGCAGGGAAUCCUUACGCGUUCACAUCUUUAUAUAUCUAUAAAUCUGUCACAAGAUAUUAAUGCAAGAUUUAAAGUCAAGAUAUUUGUAUGACUUGCACAUGAUAUUGUACAGAAUAAUAUUGCAGAUAUCUUACACAUGGCUCGGAUAAAAUCUCUUACGCAUUUUCUGCGCAAAACUUGCGCCAGAAAUUUCUUAAAGAUGCUCACGCAUGACUUGCGCCAGAUUUGCUCAAGAUGCGCGAUAUAACUGUCACUUUAGCCCUUCCUUUGACUUACGACAUAGAUAUAGCGCUUGUUGAGCAAAUCUGACGCAAGCCAUGCGUGAGUAUCUUUAAGAAAUUUCUGGCGCAAGUUUUGCGUAAGAAAUGUGUAAGUAAUUUUGUCAAGCCAUGUGUUAGCUUGCAUAAUUCUUUAGAUAGAACCUAACACAGUUUUCUUGUAAUUCCUGCACAAGAUUUGCAAUUAAAAACAUUUUAUAAAUAUCUGCAACAAGAUUUACACUUAAACAAAGGCGUAUACAAUUAAAACACCAGUGAUCAAAUUUACGCAAGAUUUAAAUAAGAUUGUCAUAUGGGAUAUUUGAAAAAGUUUUUAAUACAGCUAAUUAUUUGAUUGUUUUUAUUAAAAAUUAACGUCUAUUUUUGCAUUAUAUUAAACAAUUAAACUAUUUUAUAAAACAAUACUUUAAAGUCAUAAUGAUAAUAAUAAUUAAAAUGAAAAAAUCUAUCUAGUGAAAAUUUUCUGAUACUCUACCACACUUUUGUCAAUUAUAAAUUUUUUUGAUUAGUCAUUUUUGUGAUUAAUUACAAAACAAAAUUAUACAAAGAAACAAACAAAUAAAAACUGAAAGACAUUCUAACAGUACAUUGAACUCAAUUAAGAUAACAUUCAUUUUUGAAAAUAGUUAGAAAAAUCUUAUAGAUUAAUUAGGAAGCAAUGCCAUAAUAUAUCAAAAUUUAUAAAAAUAUCAUGAAAUUAUGCGAAUACUUUAAACUGAUCAUAAAAAAAAAAAAAAAAAAAAAAACAA